AUGGCAGGUCAGGGGUGGGAUAUCACACUCUUCGCCGACCCUGCGACUCUUAUCCAUAUCUUCACUGCUCGUUGCACAGUGACUUACUUCUCGUUCAUUUUGGCUGAUUUAAACUUGCAUGGAAUAGACUUGUUCAAGAACAUUUGUUCUGUCAAUGUCGAACUUUGUUGCACUGAGGAUUCGGUGUCCCUUAACCAGACCAGUUUUCAAGAAAAUAAAGCUGAGUUAGCUCAGCAUAGUAGCUCCGAGAACUGCGCAUCCGGGUCUGAGUCUGAUGCUUUAGAUAUGUCAGCGACACGUUCAUUGUCAGUCCCGGGCCGUAGGGAAAUGAGUCCCGAAAAAGAGACCGAGUCCUCUGGGUCCACGAAAAAGUCUCGCCAUGCUCUGUAG